UCAGGCCCAAACCCCAUCAGAGGCCCAGAUAGGACUCCACAGGCCUCAGUGUGUCCAAACCCUGCCUCUGAACAGAAGCUCUUUGUGGGACGAUCACUUGCACCGACCCUGCAGACACAUACAGAUAAGUGACAUUUGACAUUCCUCUCCAUACACACUGUUUACAUUCCUUUUGAGCAAAUGGGUUGAUGACAGCGCAGUUUUACAGUUAUUUGUGUUUAUGUUUGAGUGAAUAUGGCCUCUGUUAAUAGUGGGGAUGUGAUUGUUGUUUUAUUGGGCUUUUGAUGAAGGAUGAAGAGGAAGGAGUUAGAUUACUGCGUACUUGAGAUAUCACACAGGUAUCACAGGAAUGGAUGGCUGGUCAUCCCUCUUUUUUCAUUGGUUCUUCGCCUCUUCAUCCCUCCAAACACCCACAGACAUGAGGAUUUAUGGCUCUCUUGGCGCCCUAUAGAUAGAGCUGACCCAAUGGCCAGAGAGGUCCUGAGACAUGAAAGCCUGACCUUACUGUGCCCAGCAGGCCUCUGCACACCUGUGGGCCGGCCAGAAGGACACUGGGAAUCAAUUUCUCUAUCCUGUCUCUCUCUCUCUCUGUCCUUCCACUCAUUCAAUGCCUUCUUCCUUUGUAACUUUAAUACUCGCCUUUGUAGCAUCUCUCUAUAGGGCUACCUGAGGGACUGUCAAUUACAUAGUGUGCCACACUGUUUUUUAAAACUCUGAGAUUUGGUUUUGGACACUAGGUAACAAUUCAGAUCUUGAAAUUCAAAUGAAAAUGAAACUGUAAUUUAUGCUGUACAUGACUGUGUAAGUUAUUCUAAAUUAAUGCAGCUCUCUUUACAACCUCUUCAGCGUUUUUUCUCUCCAUGAUGGCCCCAUGCUUGACCUGUGACCUAGUUUUUCAUCUUGUCAGGUCUGUGUAUGUGAGUGGGGCUUGCUGAAUUAUAGUGUGUCAUGAGUGACAGCUGGAAAGAACCAAUAAACUCCAUCCCUGCAUUCUUGCAGAAGACCAUUAAAGUCCUGUCGUAUCACUUUCUCUGUUCAAACUGUGUUUUUCUCUGCUGUUCUAGUGCAGCUCUUUGGGAAGGCAUGUGACCAGCUCAGAGGUCUGGCAGUUUUAUUUGUAAGAUCUUAAAACCCUGGUGCUACAUGUUCUCCAUGGAAUAAGUUCACCUUUUUGACCCCAACUUCUGCUGCUGCUUUUCAAAAGUCACCUUUGGGAGGUCUCACAUACUUCCACAAUAAUUGGAAAUUAUUUUUCAAAGUACCUAAUUUUGUCUCAAAAGAUUACAUAUGCAAACCUUGAAGAGGGUUUGUGUCACAGCUGGUCAGGCAAGGAAAGAAGAGGUGGAUCUUGAUGCAGCAGUAUUACUUUAUUUAUCAAACAAACAACACAAGAUAAUCUAAAACCGUAGGAGCAGGAGAAACCGAAACAAGCACAGACAAUAAAGGAACAAGGAUAGAACAAAACCGAGGGCUUAAAUACACAGGCUAAAUGAGGAACCAAGUAAGACACAGGUGAACAUAAUCAAUUAUAAAUCAGAAACCAAGGAAGCAAAGGACAUAAUCAGAAAUCAAUAAAACCAAUCAACCAGGAACUAAACACAGGGAGGAAACAUGGAAACCAAAGGAAACUCAACAUAAACAGAACAAACACCUGACUGUCACCAUGAUGUCCUGUAUUGUCUGCACUUGUUCUCGUUAGUCCCUGAUUAGUUUAACUUCCUCCACCUGUGCCUGUUUAGCUCCCUCAUCACUCUGUGUAUUUGUACUCCCUGUUCUGUUCAUCCUGUGUCAGUUAUUGAAUGUGGUCAUGCUGUUUCCCACCAGUCAUUCUCCAGGAAACUUUAAUUUUAUUUGUAUCCUGCAUUCCUCGUCUUCUUUACUCGGUUGGAACCGUUACAAAAUAACCGACCCUCUAAACGAGUAUAUAUUUCAAAGAUGAUGGACUCACCUGUACUGCACCUCCUUCUUCACCCGGAGAACCGACGGUGGCUGGAGUAUCUUGCCAUGAUGCUCCAGAGCGGUGAACACUCUCUCUCGUCACUCGAGAGCCUGAGGCACACACCAAGGCUGCUCCAGUACCGGAGAGGGAGAAGAUCAAAGUGCCAGAGCUUUGGCAGGCAGAUCAGUCCAUCGCAGAGCCAGGAGCAGACAUUGACCUUAUAGAUCUGUGGUUGGCGGAUCCUAUUCCCACCCUAGUCCUCACCCUUGUAUCAUCAGUCUCUUCACCGGUUCUGUCCAGCGACCUUCUUCUGCCCUCUUCCAGCCCUAACAUCCUGAUCCCACCUCCAUUGCUGGUUUCGGCCAGUCUCUUGGAUCCGUCGGCUCUCUUGGAUCCAUCGGCACCCCUGGUGUCAUCAAGCUCCUUGGCUCUGCCACCGCUGCUAGCUCUGUGUGGCUCACCUGCCUCGCCUCGGGCCUCUCCAACACCAGCAUGGCAUGAAAGAGAGUCUCCGGCCAUGCAUUGGGGCUCCGGCCCCACGCCUCCAUCUCAGCCCGUCAACCCGUCACCUGCACCUUGCCUCUCCACUCCUUCGUCACUGCCACGGCCCGUCUGCCCGGAGACUCCGCUGGGCCUUCAGUGGUCGACGCCCAGCUGCUGACACGGACUUCCGGUGUUCCGGCGGCGCUUACAACCUGCACCCCCUACGUCAUAAUCUGAGUCCUCCCUUUCUCUGGCUUCCCCAUCGCCCUCUCUCACCGCAUCGUCGCCCCUGUCAGCCAGAUCCCCGUCAACGCCCAUGAGUCAGCAGCUGGGCUCCAGCGCUUCGGGUUCGUCCCGAUCCGUCAACCUCUCUACUAAGCCGGUUCCUACCUUCACCAGCUUUUUAAUGUCAUGCUGCUGCCCAUGUGACGCUGAUGCACAAAAUAAUUGUGCAAGACCCCAAAAAUUACAAUAUAUAACAAAAUCAAUUACCAUGGAUAAUGUUGCAUAUUGUUUAUAUGAGAUAUUUACCAGAAUGAAUAAAAAAAACAAAGAGACAAACCUCUUUACAAAAAAACUACUAUCUUUAAUUCAGUUUGUGCCUAAAACCUUAUAUUAAAUUAUCUUCAUUUUCUCAGUUGCUGAUCUCUCUUUCUUACUUUUUUCACUCUCUCUCCCCAUCCAUCUUCUUGCUGUAACUCUGAGCCAACCUGUUGUAGCUCUUCCACACCCCCUAAACUUUCCCCUUUAGAGGUAUUUGCUUCAUUCAUUCACUCUCUCUUUCCCUAACACACCCUUAUGCUCUCUUGGAUUCUCACACCCCUCAUCCUGGGACAGUGUACUACAGCGUGUGGAGUCCCAUAACUUGAUCUUGGAUUGUAUUAUUACCUGACGGACUGGGUCUGUUUCAUGCGAACAGUAUUUUUGCAUUUGAGAAGAGGAUCAUGGUGCAGGAGACAGUGGGAGAGAUAAAAGGGAGAGAGCAUAGCAGCUAAAUAAAGCGGAGAACACGCCCGUCUCAGGACAUCAGUCCAAGGAAGAGGAUCUGCCGGCAGAGAGAUAAGAGGGGGAGGACAGGGAACGAAAGAGAAAGUCAGAGGACGAUAGAGAGCGAGAGAAUGGGAUAUUGCGGCGUAUGGAUCUUCCUCUUGUCCCUGUCUCUCUCCUAUCAAAGCGCCACUGCAGAGGCUGAAGUAUGUCGUACAGCCAUGCCUGCUGAUGUUGUGUUCCUGGUGGAUGAUUCCUGGUCAGUUGGUCCAACCAGCUUCCAGCAGAUCAAAGAGUUCAUAGCAGACAUCAUCCGAGCCUUCAAGGGAAGUGUGGUUGGACAGGAAGGCAUUCGCUUUGGAGUGACUGUCUAUUCAGACUUGCCCAGGAUGCGUAUAGCGGUGACGGAUUAUUCGACUCUGGAGGAAGUGCUCAGAGCCGUGGAGGAGGUGCCGUACGAGGGAGGCAACAGUCGCACCGGGCUGGCAUUGGAAUUCCUCGUAGAGUCAGUGUUCAGUCCUUCUAUCGUCAGAGACAACUCCCCAAAGAUUGCUGUUCUGAUCACUAAUGGCCAUUCGGAUGAUCCAGUGGACGGUCCGGCUAAAGCUGUUACAGACAGUGGGAUUUCACUGUUUGCUGUGGGGGUGAGGAACGCCAAUCAGUCUGAGCUGAAGAAGAUCGUUACAGAACCCUAUGAGGAACAUCUGAUGCUCAGCCCAGAUUACUCCUUCCUUGAGCACCUGCUGCCCAAACUCUCUCGCCGUAUCUGCUUCACUGCUUCAGAACCUCCCCGACCUGUUAAACAAAAGCCACCUGUGGUGGAGAGGAUAGUAGGACCUAAAGAUCUGCAAGUGAGUGAGCUGAGUUACAGCUCUCUGCAGCUGACCUGGAGUCAGGCCACAGGAGACGUUACCGGCUACAGGCUGCUCAUCACCCCUGUGUCUCCAAAGGGCCAUCUGCUCCCAGCACAGCAGAGACAGAUUGAUCUGAAGGGAGAUAUUAGUACUACUCCAAUAACCGGACUGAGUCCUAAGACUGAGUACUCUCUCACUGUAUACGCCAUCUACCCCGGACGCAUUGGAGAUUCUGCCACUAUUAUCACAGAAACCACUGUUGUGCCACCGGUUGCAAACUUCCGUGUAAUCGAAGAAGGACUUUUCUCUUUACGCCUGGGAUGGACGCCUCCGCUUGGAAAAGUGAAUGGAUAUAAAAUCUCUGUUCCAAGAACGGACAGACCCGGGCUCAUUUAUGAGCAGAUGCUGAUGGGCGACGUCUCCUCUCAUGUGAUUGACAACUUAGAAGAGGAUAAAGAGUACAAGGUCAACAUCUACGCCAUCUAUCCAGAGGGCCUCACUGAGCCUGUAUCUAUCACCGGGAAAACUUUGAAACUGGUCCCAGUUGAUCAACUGCUAGUGCAGAACGCCACUACAGACACGGUUCAAGCCCGCUGGUCAUCUGUCAGAGGAGCCACAGGGUACAGACUCACCUGGUCAUCAUCAGAGGGACACAUAGAAAAUGUGAACCUAGGAGACAACUUUAAUUUCUACAUGGUGCAGGGCCUGCAUGCCGGCACAGAGUACACCGUCACUAUAAACCCCAUCUUUGUGGACAUUGAAGGGCCUGUUACCUCUGCCAAAGCCAAGACAUUGGAAAGCAGUGCAGUACAGACCCUGAGAGCAUCUGCGGUGAGCACUAGCAGCGCUGUUACCUCGUGGAACGCUGUACCUGGAGCCACAGGCUACAGACUGGCCUGGGGUCCUACUGCAGAGUUCAUGGGAAGAGAUCGGCCCAGGCAGCUGGCUCUGAAUGGCAGCACUACUGAGUAUGUUUUGAAGAAUCUGGUCCAUGACACCGAAUAUGUGCUCUCUCUUUACGUACUCUUUGGUUCUGUGGUUGGUCCGGGCAUCACCGCUACCUUCAGAACCUCACCUCUCGGAUACGUGUCAAAUUUUAAAGUAACGUCCUACACCAGCUCGUCCAUCGAUGUGGAAUGGAGUCCUAUUGUAGGGGCCACAGAGUACAAACUCACCUGGAGUUCAGAAUUUGUGCGUCCUCAGAGUCGUUAUCUUGACCGAAGCAUUUUACAACACAGCAUCACUGGUCUUCAGCCACACACGCUUUAUUCUGUCAGCAUUCACGCUCUCUACAGCAACACAGAAGGGCCAGAAAUCACCCUCUCACAGCAAACAGCUUCUUUAACAGACUCUGAGCUGAUUGAGACAGUUCGCGAGGUAAAAGUUGUGGACAUUGGUGCCAGCUCUUUUAAACUGGCCUGGAAGAAAACACCAGGGGUCACUGGGUACAAGGUCACCUGGAGCCCCUUUCACGGUGGAGAGAAGAAGAGUGAGGUUGUAUCUUCUUCUACCACAUCCUUCACCAUCACUGAUCUGCCUGCCAGUUCUGCCUAUAAGAUCCAGGUGUCUGCAGUGGUCAGAAGCAAAGAGGGAAGCCCAGUAAUGGUGACCGCCCGCACCUUGGAUCUGCCCAAAGUGACUGGAUUUAGUGCCCUGAACACCACUGACAACAGCACUGUACUGAACUGGACCAGCGUGACUGGAGUUUCUGGAUACCUGCUGUCCUGGAGACACAUAUCAGAGGUGGACAUCUCCACUGAUCUGCUGAGCUCUGGUUUCACCUCCUAUAAGAUCCAAGAUCUUCAGUAUGGCAGAACCUACAUCUUUUCCAUCAGACCGCUUUAUGGGGAAGUGGAGGGUCCAGUCACAACCAUCACUAAAAGAAUCUUGGGAGCUCCUCAUCUCAUUCCUGUCCAGAGCCCAACGCCAGCCUCUGUUUCUGCUAAUACCAAGAACAAUGACAUGCACCUCCACACCACAACCAGAAACACUCGCACUCCGGUGGUCAAAGCCCCCAGCACGCCCACUACAACUCAGAGACUCGCUGUGAGGCCUCAGAUCACCAUCGGCCAAACGGCUUCAGCACUGACCAGAAUUACCACAGUAAAUGACCAAACCACCUUGUCUGUCGAGACACCCCCACCUGGACCAGUGUGUGGCAGGGUGAAAGCAGAUAUCGUGUUUCUGGUCGAUGAAUCCUGGAGCAUUGGUACUAAUAACUUUGGCAAACUGAAGGAUUUCCUGUUCAGAACCGUCACCUACUUCCCCUCUAUAGGACCUACAGGAACACAGAUAGCAGUAGUUCACUACAGCGAUCAGCCGAGGAUCGAGUUCAACUUUAACACUCACAAAGACCGUAGCUCUGUUUUGAGAGCACUCCGAGAAGUCCGCUAUGGAGGGGGAAACACAAAAACAGGUCGUGGGAUCAGCUAUGUUCUUAGGGAGAUGUUUCAGGAGUCGUUGGGUAUGAGACAGGAAGUCCCUCACAUUUUAGUGUUGCUGACAGACGGAAGAGCUCAGGAUGAUGUAGAGCCACCGUCCAGAAUAGCACAUGCUCUGGGUGUCAGUGUUUUGGCCAUCGGUAUCGCUCAUGCAGAUUUUGAGGAGCUGAGGACAAUCGCCUCCCCUACCACUUACAAGAACAUCUUCUUCGCCAGUGAUUUUGAUGAUCUUCCGUCCAUCGAGAGAGAGUUUAUCAGCAGCAUCUGUAGUGAGGCCUUACUAUCAGAGUUCAAACAACACGACGAGUCUGCUCAACUGGACACACCUACAGAUGACCCUGAAGCUCUCGCCAAACCAGAAGGGCCCAGCUGUCCUCUCAGCUGCAAGGGUCAGAAAGGAGAGAAGGGCGAUGAAUUUGGUCAUGGCGGCCUGCGACUCAAGCAAGGCCCAGGGCAUUAUGAUUCAUUCUCUCUAAAGGUCAAAGGGGAGAAGGGUGAGCGGGGUCUUCCCGGAACGGAUGGCAUCCCGGGGUUACCGGGACGACCAGGUAGAACAGGACCCCCUGGUUCUCCUGGACAAAGGGGAGCACCUGGAUUUCCUGGUGACAUGGGGCCUCCUGGUAAUACUGGACCUAAAGGGCAGAGAGGAGAGAGAGGUGAGCCAGGCUAUGUCAUGGGAGGUAUGGAGGUUAUUCCUGGACGUAAAGGAGAGCCUGGAUCCUCUGGCCCCUCAGGUGCUCCAGGGGUCCCAGGGUUAUCAGGUCCCCCAGGACUCCCUGGUCUGCCUGGACCUCCGGGGUCUCCUGGACUCUCUGUUAAGGGUGAGACUGGAGAAUCUGGUGCUAAAGGUCCACGUGGAAAGCCAGGUCCCAAAGGAGAAAAAGGGGAGCAUGGGAAUAAUGGUCUAGCAGGUUUACCUGGACCAGUAGGAGUGGAUGGACUUCCAGGACUUCCUGGUCAGAAAGGGGAGAAGGGAGAGGAAGGUAUUGGAAUUCAAGGUGUUCAAGGUCCACCUGGGCCAGCUGGAGAGAAGGGUAAUACAGGACUACAAGGCCCAAAGGGCGAAGUAGGAAUCCAAGGAGUCCAGGGAAUCGCAGGCCUUCGGGGGAAAAAGGGUCUUAAAGGAGAUCGAGGAGACAAGGGUGAACGUGGGGAAAUCGGGCCGAUCGGGCCUCCGGGAAUUGCAGGCUUCCCUGGAGCUGCUGGACGAAAGGGUGAUGAGGGGCAGCGCGGUGCUCCUGGUGACCCAGCUAAAGGGAUACUUGGUCCUCCAGGGAAAAAGGGUGCCAGGGGGGAUGUUGGACUAGUUGGGCCACCAGGACCACAAGGAAUGAAAGGAGAUCAGGGUGAUAAAGGUGAAAAGGGCAGUCCUGGAUUUGGAAUCCCCGGUCAGCCUGGUCCCAAAGGAGAGAGUGGAGAAAGAGGUAAUGUUGGAUUAUCAGGGAAACCAGGGCCAAAAGGCAAUGAUGGGUCCAAAGGAGAGAAAGGGGAGGUGGGUUUCCCAGGCAACCCUGGUUCUCCAGGACUAAGAGGUAAAGAUGGUGUGCCAGGAGCGAAAGGGGAGGUGGGAUCAAGGGGAGAGUCUGGUUCACCAGGAGAGCCUGGAGAGAGAGGUGUCAAGGGCCCUCUCGGUCUUCCAGGACGUCCCGGAGACCCUGGGGAAAAAGGCGAGCAUGGGAAAUUGGGGUUACCAGGUCCAGAGGGACACAAAGGAGAUAAAGGCGAGCCGGGGCUGCCGGGACCACCGGGAGUUACUCAAUACACUACGUCAGACAACACCAUUCUCACCAAGGCCAUUAAGGGUGAACCUGGUGAGCCGGGACUCCCAGGACUCCAGGGGGAGACAGGACGUCCUGGACCACCUGGUCCUGAAGGUAAACAAGGACCUCCAGGGAAUUCAUUGUUUGGAUCUAGUACAGGAAGAGAUGGCGUGGAUGGACUACCAGGAAGGCCUGGAUCUAAGGGUGAACCAGGACAGAAAGGGGACCCAGGACCCAAAGGAGAGAAAGGAGAUCUUGGGCGUGCUGGGAUUACUGGUAUGCCUGGUUUACCUGGAACACCUGGUAAACCUGGUGUUGAUGGGAAACGUGGAGUAGCUGGAAAAGAUGGAGAACAAGGUCCAAAGGGUGAUGAAGGGACAAAGGGUGAAAAAGGUGAACCUGGUGCAAAUGGAAAUGAUGGUCAAAAAGGAGAGCAAGGAUCUCCAGGCUUGCCAGGUCCUCCCAUUGUUCUCCAAGAGGGUAUGUCGAUUGAGGACAUAAAAAAGGCAUUUCCCAUACCAAUGGGACCCCCCGGUGCGACGGGUCCUCCUGGGAUGAAGGGAGAGAAAGGAGAGAUGGGUUUGAAAGGAGAGAAGGGUGAUGCUGGCCCACCUGGGAGAGCUACUGAAAUGAAGGACAUUGAAGGCUUGUUUGAUUCAUAUGGUAUUAAACUCUCGCUGCUGAAGGCCUUGAUUGACAGGCUGCUUCAGGAUGGUAUGGAGGAGCUUCUUCAUGAGAUCAGCACCAGCAGAAGAGUGAAAGGAGACAGACAGGAGCCGGACUCCAACGUCAUCACUGAAUACACCAGCUCAGUAAAAUACAGUCACCCACAAGAGUCAUUACCUGAUAUAGAUUUGACUGAGGAAGAGUCUGAUGUUGAAGAGGGGCAGAUGCCUGAACCCAGUCCUGAGCCUGUGGCUAAAACAGAAGUGAGUCCUACGCUUUGGACCAUCUCUACUACUCACAAAAAGACUGACCUGAUUAAAACAAAGGAGAAGCUGGUAGAUAUUGAAGAAAAGAAACUUGUGGAGACCAACUUCAGUGAUGUAACACCUUUGAAAUUUCUCCAAUCCAACGCUUCCUCUGAGAGGUUGGGUUCUGGGAAGGUAGAGGUAAGUAUGGAGACAGUUUUCCACAGCCAUGAGGACACGGGGAAGAAAACAUCUGGAGAGAAGAAGAAAGGCAGAGAGAGAGGGAAGGGCAAAGGAAAUAAAGGACGUCAAAAACGGCAAAGGAAACGUUUGGAAGAUCAAGACAACAUGGAAGAAGAGGUUGAAGAAGCAUCAUAUGACGAUGAGGAAUACAGUCUUGAAUACGAGGACGAGCUGCCCACGAAAGAGCCUUUUCCCUCUCGAGAGGAGGAGGACGGAGGGGAGGAGCUAAAAUUCUCAGCAACAACAGCUUUAUACACACAAGAAAAUGAGGUGCCUCACACAACACCAGCGAGUCCCCUGCUUUCAUCAAGAGUAACAGAGCAGAAGCCACCUGAAACCACAUUAUUAUCAGUGAUGAAUACAACACAAACUGGAGAGGAGGGGAACUUGUCCCACAAUAGUGGACUGGAAGGGGCAAGAUCUAAAGUGAAGAGGAGCGCCCCCUCGCCCGAGUACAUGGCCUACAUGCCUGGAACACCAGGAGGACAAAACCGUUACAGAUACGGAUAUAAGCGGUCCACCUCAGGUGCAGGAGGCAAAAAGAAGCUAAAUAAAAAGAAGCAAGCAAACAAAGACACUGAGCCUGUGACAGAGAUGUACAGGGAAAGAGGGAGGGAAGAAGAGGGGGAGAGAGAAGACGAAGUCUAUCUUGAGAACAAGGAAAGGGUGAUUGAAGAGGAAAGGGGAACUGAGGCACAGUGGGACAUGGAGGAAGAGGAUGGUGCGACUGAGACCAAAGAUUACAGUUCAGGCGAUGAUGAUGAGGAGACAGGCAGCGAGGAGAUAGAGGAAGAAUUUGAGCUAGAGAGGGAGAGAGAAAGACAGGAGAUGGAAAAAGAAAGGAUGGAGCUGGAAAGAGAAAGGGCAGAAGAACUGGAAAGAGAGAGAGAGCUAGAGAGGGAGACAGAGAUGGAGGAAGAGGAAAGGGAGGAGAGAGAGAGACAGUUACAGAGACAAAGAAUGGAAUGGGAGAGACAAAGAGAGAAGAUGGAGAGAGAGAGGAUGGGAGAGACAAUAAGAGAGGAAGACAUGGGGCCACGUAUUUCCCACUGUGAUUAUCUGAAGGGACCUCCAGGUGAAAACGGAAAACCAGGCCCUAAGGGGGAGAUUGGAGAAAAGGGACAGAAGGGAGAACCUGGAACUGGUCACCGUGGGCCAAUUGGUCAGGCCGGUCCACCCGGACAAAAGGGUGAGCCUGGCGAACCAGGACCAACUGGAGCACAGGGCAUUCAGGGUAUCCGUGGCAACCCGGGCAUCCCUGGGUCACCAGGUCAAAGAGGUCAGCCAGGUGACCCUGGAGAGCCAGGUAGAAAGGGUGAUAGAGGGAGACGAGGAAAGAAUGGCUCAACUGGCACUCCAGGUGCAAUUGGUCCUCCUGGACAGCAGGGUCCUCCUGGCCUCGCCGGGGUUAAAGGUGAAAAGGGAGACAGUAUCCCAGGGGAACCAGGUGACAGAGGAAUUUCUGGGCUCCCAGGUCGCCGGGGAGCCAAAGGCACUGUCGGUGCUAGAGGGCCUCCGGGUCUCAUGGGUCCCAAAGGCUUGACUGGUGUGAAAGGAGAAAAGGGUGACAAAGGUGUGCCUGGUCACAGAGGAGACAAGGGUAGCCCUCUCUCCAUGCCAGGACCCAGAGGAUAUAAGGGUCUAAAAGGAGAGCCAGGUGAACGUGGGCUUCCAGGAUUUGACGGAGAUAAAGGAGAGAAGGGUGAAGAUGGUCCACCUGGUGCAAAGGGACUGAAGGGUGAGGCUGGUACCAAAGGAGGCAUGGGGACUUUUGGUGCACGUGGUCCAGUAGGACAAAAGGGAGAUCCAGGGGAGCCAGGCGCCAAUGGAGAAAAGGGCCGAAAUGGAGAACAUGGAUUGGAUGGUGAAAAAGGUGAUAAGGGAGACAUGGGCCUGCAGGGCAGAAAGGGGGAUCAGGGUGAGACAGGUGAGCCUGGUUUACCUGGAGAUACAGGAAUUAAAGGAGACAAGGGCUUCAGAGGUUUCCCUGGUCGGAUAGGGAACCCAGGACUGGAUGGAGAACAGGGUGAUUCUGGGGACCCUGGCAGGCCUGGCAUUCCAGGACUAAAUGGUAUCCCAGGACGAAAGGGUGAAAAAGGUGAUAGUGGAUUGAAUGGUCUUGAUGGAGCUCCAGGACAGAAAGGAGAGAAGGGUGCAACUGGUUUCCCAGGUUUCUCAGGUUUUAAGGGAUCUCCUGGUACACCAGGAACUAAUGGGGCUCCAGGCCGGCCUGGUCCAGUUGGACCCAAAGGUGAAGUGGGACCAAAGGGAGAGAAGGGGAGGAGAGGCAGAGGAAAGGCCUGUCAACGGGGACCCCCUGGAAUUCCUGGCCUCAGAGGCCUGGAUGGGGAAUUGGGAAGCUUGGGCAUGAAAGGAGAUAAAGGGGAGCCAGGACUCAGUGUGGAGGAAGUGAAGGAUAUAGUGACAAAGGAGGUGGUUGAGAAGUGUGGAAAGGAAAUACUCCUUAUGGUGAACACCAAUGAUCCAGAUGAUGGGAGUAUCCUAAGAGAAGAAAGAAGAACGGAUUCUGCCUCUCGGUUCUUGCCCACCCACCCCAAAGUGUGGGAUGAAGAGGUGGAGGACGAGACCACUACAGUUCGUCCUGCUGUUUCAGAGUCUGAGCCAACAUUAGCAUAUGGCAACGUUACAAGAGCCAGUACUGAGAGAGAUGGAUUGCAGAGAGAAAAGAGACGAGCACUCAAACUCCACUCAGACCCGGACGCUGACCGGUGCCUUGAACCCAUGUCCGAGGGCCACUGCACUGAAUACGUCCUGCUCUGGUACUACUACGCCGUCUUAGGAGAAUGCCGUCCUUUUGUGUACGGUGGCUGCGGUGGAAAUAGGAACCGCUUCAGCUCCAAACAGGACUGUCAGAGCAAAUGCAUUCUGGGAAGGAGAGAUUCUUGAUCCUGAGGAAGAACAUUUUGCUAUUUUUAACAGCUAAACUGAUGUUUAUCUCACCAAAAAAUACUAAUUUUGUACAUUUUUGUCAUCCCAUAUGUAUAUUAGUUUAUCACACCUGUAUAUGGCAGAGAAAAAGUGUUCAUAACUUGUUUAUUGUACAUCAUGUUUGCAUUUCACUUCUUUAGCACCACACAUUGUUGCACUGUUGUAGUGAUACAUGCUUACCUACGAAUUUCUUACCAUUAUACCACGUUCUUAUUUAAAACAUAGUUUGAUACUUAUUAACUGAGGUCAUGAUUCUAAGAGUAAAUGCACUAUUAAUAUAAUCAACAGUGUUUAUGACCUGUUUACCAUAAGGUUCACCAUUUUGCACUAACGGUUCUGUUUGUAAAAUGUUCUUAAUCUGACUGUUUUUAAAAUAUUAUGUGAGACAAUAAAACAAUGAAC